UAUAUAUAUAUAUAUAUAUGUAUGUAUUUAAUAUAUAUAUAUAUAUAUAUAUAUAUAUAUUUGUAUAUAUUUACUAAUAUACUAAAAUACUAAUAUUUUAAUAACAUAAAAAAUGAUUUAUCUUCUUAUGAUGAUCACUUUUAAUUAUCAGUUUAUCUGCAUUUGUUGUUGAGUUGUUUGUGAUUGUGCAUAGUACAUCAUUUCCUUUUGCAUGAACCUGGUAUACUUGUGAGGAUGUGAGCAUUUAGCACCUCUAGAAGAACAAGGGGAAAUGCAUAGCAUUAAAAUAAAUGCAUGACCACUUUUUAUAAGGGUAAAUGGGUGUGAACAUUUAAGCCACAAAACAAACAUCUUUGCCAGAAUCACUUCAGUCUGAGGCUGUUUGACACUGACCUGCUGACCUGUCUGGCCGCAUCCCAUUGAUACAAACAACAACAACAUGAAGCUGACAAGAGGUUUAAAGCUGGUUUCCAUGUUCUGCAUCUUCCUCGCUUUGAGUGGAUGUGUGGCUGCAGGAUUCGGUAUUUGGUCACUAAUAAACAAUAAAACAUCUAAAGUGUUUAAAACAGUUGAUGAUACUACAAUCCCCAUGAUCCUGUCAGCGGGGGCCCCGAUGCUGAUUGCUGUAGGCGACAUCUUCGCUCUGAUGGGCUUGAUUGGCUUUUGCGGUACUCUGAAGAAAAAAAGCUGGAUUCUCUUGGUCUUUUUCAUCGUUAUGCUCAUCAUCUUCAUCCUUCAGAUUGUCGCUGCAGUGUUUAUCCUUCUCCCAAAUUCAGUGAAAGAAAAUUCAUUGAGCAGCUUAGAGGCCAAAAUUGUUAAAAGCCUUCAGGAUGACUAUAAGGAAGACUCACACAUCAUGAAGAUAUGGAAUGAAACUAUGAACCAGCUGAAAUGCUGUGGAUACAAAGGUUAUGAUGACUUCACAGAGUCCCCUUUCGUAAAUACGAAAUCGAACUAUCCCACGCAAUGCUGUGGGAAAGAUCCAAAAACAUAUUCCAAUCCAAAAUGUACAAAAGAAGAAGCUGGGAACAAGAAUGUGAGGGGCUGUGUUCAUGUGCUGUUGGAUGAAAAUAUACCUGUGUCUGCACCUUUGUCCUUUCUGAUCGCCAUUCUAGAGAUUGUUGCCUUGUACGUUUCGCUGAAAGCCUACCGAUGCAUCAAACGCUUACCUGAUCUCCCAGACCCCUUUGGAAAUAAUCUGUGAUAAACCACUUUUUCUUUUUUUUCUUUUUUGGUAAAUAUGUGGAAGUUCUUGUGAAAUUGUGAAAUAUUUCUGUGUGAAAUAUUCACAAUUUGUUACGAAAUGUAAUGUGUAAAAAAAAAAAGUGCCAAGAGGAAUAUAGCUUAUUCUUUUAUUAAAAAUGUAACAUUUUCAUUUUUACAAUGUCUAACAAAUACAAAAAAUAUAUGUGUAUGUGCAUAGUGUUUCCAUAUUUCAUUCAAUAAAACUGAUUCUUCAUUUUUAGUACUGUAAUUCGCUGCCUUGCAUAAUGACAGAACAACAUGAUACUUUUAUAAACACCCGUUCAGCUUUAGUAACAAUGAUUAA